AUGUGGGUUCAAUCACGAGAUUCUUCCCAAGGUUUAGAUCCCAAGAGACCCGUGAAUGCUAUUGUCACAAGGAGGGGUAAGGUCCUUGAGGAGAGUUUGCCUAGGAAGAGCGGAACUAAGGAGGUCCCCAAGGAGGUCUUGGUAGAGGAUGAGAGAAAUGGUUCAUCUUUUAGUGAGGUUGUGAUUGAGACACCUAGAGAGGUGAGAGUGGAGAAAGAAAUUGUGAAACCCAAGCUUCCAUAUCCACUAAAAUUCAUGAGACAUAAGUUAAAUGAACAAUUUGGAAGAUUUAUUGACAUUCUUAAGCAACUUUAUCUUUCUCUACCUUUUACCGAAGUUGCUACCCAAAUGCCCAACUAUGCAAAGUUCCUUAAAGACAUUUUGAGUGGUAAGAGGACUUGUGAUGUGGUGGAGACAGUCAACUUGACCGAGAAUUAUAGUGCAAUUAUUAUGAACAAGAUACCACCCAAGUCAAUCAACAUUCCUAAGGGGAAAGUUGAGGAUGUUCCUUUGAGAGUAGGGAAGUUUGUGAUUCCGGUAGAUAAUGUGGUUCUUAAAAUGGAUGAAGAUGCUACCAUUCCCAUUAUUCUUGGUAGACCUUUUUUGCUACCUCGGGUGCUAUGA